AUGUCCGCCGUGCCUGCGGCCGCGGCGCCGCCGUCGCCGAGGAGGUGGGAGGGGGUGGACCCGGCGCUGGAGAGGAUGGUGCUGCGCGCGUGCCUGGACCAGGCCCCCGAGCGCCGCCGCGUGCGCGAGGCCUUCAAGGACGUGCAGCUCAGCAUUGACCACUGCCUCUUCAAGGCACAAUACAGUGACAUUGGAACAAAAGAGUCAUAUGAGCGGAACUCCAGAGGUGUGGAGAUAUUCUCAAAAUGUUGGUUUCCGGAGAACCAUCGUAUGAAAGCAAUUGUUUGUCUCUGCCAUGGUUAUGGAGACACCUGUACCUUUUUCCUUGAUGGGAUUGCUAGGAAGAUUGCUUCGGCUGGAUAUGGAGUAUUUGCAUUGGACUACCCUGGUUUUGGUCUUUCCGAAGGACUUCAUGGAUAUAUUCCAAGUUUUGAUACUCUUGUUGACGAUGUAGCUGAACAUUUUGCUAAGAUCAAAGGGAAUCCUGAAUACAGAGAUCUCCCAAGCUUUCUGUUUGGCCAAUCUAUGGGUGGUGCAGUUGCAUUGAAGAUUCACUUUAAGCAACCAAAAGACUGGAAUGGUGCAAUUCUAGUUGCACCUAUGUGCAAGAUUUCAGAUGAUGUGGUACCAGCUUGGCCUGUUCAGCAAGUUCUGAUUUUCAUGGCUAAACUCCUUCCAAAAGAGAAGCUUGUUCCACAGAAAGACUUGGCAGAAUUAGCAUUCAGAGAGAAAGAAAAACAAGAGCAGUGUUCCUACAAUGUGAUUGCCUACAAGGAUAAACCACGUCUCCGAACAGCUCUGGAGAUGCUGAGGACCACACAAGAGAUAGAAAGUCGCCUAGAAGAAGUUUCCCUGCCCAUAAUCAUUCUGCAUGGCGAGGCUGAUUUGGUCACCGACCCAGGCGUGAGCAAAGAUCUGUAUGAAAAAGCGAAGACAUCGGACAAGACGCUGCGACUUUACAAAGACGCCUACCACGCCAUCUUGGAAGGCGAACCAGACGAGGGGAUCUUCAAAGUUCUCGACGAUAUAAUCUCUUGGCUGGAUCAGCAUUCCGCAAAUGAAAUACCCUCGUCCAUUCAUCAUCUGUGGUGUGUGAUGCGCAAAAGGCCGUGCUUGGUUCGUCGGUUUUUGGCCCAAAACCGGGCUGUGAUGGGGCAGUAA